GGGGACACGGCGCACAAAAUCCUAUGAUCAGCGAGCAGGCUGAUCACUCCCUCUCUCUCAUGUCGGGGGCGGGAGAGGAUCGGGGUAUGUGGAUGAGGGCGGACGAGCAUAUGCGAGAAGACGGGGGAAGAAAUACGGAUUCGAUGAUGAUGGUUGCGGUGAUGAUGGUGGCGGGACUACGGCGGAGGAGGAAAAGGAGGGCGGCGGAACAGGGAUCGAUGAUGAUGAUGAUGAUGGUGAUGACCGUGACUAUGGUGACGAGGAGGACGGGGUUGAUCACAAUAGACGCAUUCGAUAGCUGAUGAUAAUGAUAUCGACUAUCGGGAUGAUGGAGAUGAUGGCGACGAGGAGCAGCGGGAGCAGGGAGGACGGGGAAGGUGAUGAUGGGGACGAGUAGGAGCGGGAGCAAGGAGGACGAGGAAGGUGAUGAUGGCGACGAGGAGGAGCGGGAGCAAGGAGGUCGAGAGCGGAGGAGAAGGAUGGAGGAAGAAGAUAAGGAGGAGAGCGGAGGAGAACGAUGGAGGAAGAAGACAAGGAGGAGAGCGGAGCAAAGGAUGGAGGAAGAAGACAAGAGGACGGCGGGGAGUUACCGGCUGCCGAUGACGAGGCGAGUACAUCCCCUCUGAUGGGUGCGAGGAGGAGCGGGGGCAAGGAGGACGAGGAAGGUGAUGAUGGCGACGAGGAGGACGAGGAGGAACGGGAGCAACGAGGAUGAGGAAGCUCAUGAUGGCGACGAGGAGGACUUGGAGCAAGGAGGAACGAGAGAGAGGUAGAGGACAAGAAGAAGACUGGAAGUACCCGAGACUACAUCCCCUCCGCCCUCGUCUUUUUUUUUGUUGGGCGCUGACGAUGACUUCCAUUUUCCUUUUUCUCCGGUUUUCUUUUCCGCCCCGAUUAUUGCGGGAUUACGAUAAAAAAACGGAGGAGGAAGGUGUGCUUGACGAGAGGGAAGAGAAACAGCAGGAGGAGGAGGAGGAAAGAUGGAGGAAGAAGGAUGAAUGAAAAUUUAUGGUCAUG